AUGUUUCGCAAUGGCUACUCCUGCGUGCCGGUAGCACUCGCAGAAGGGUUGGACAUCAAGCUGAACGCUGCUGUGAGGAAGGUUGAAUACAACAGCAGAGGUGUGGAAGUCACGGUUUACAAUCCUCGCAAUCCAUCAACAACGAAUACUUAUCAUGCUGACGUCGUGCUGUGCACUCUACCCUUGGGCGUCCUGAAGCUGUGUGCCGCGCCUUCCAGUAGUCAACUGAACACGGUGCAGUUUUCUCCACCUCUACCUGAUUGGAAAACCUCCGCAAUUCAACGGUUAGGUUUCGGUAACCUAAACAAGGUAGUCCUGUGUUUCGAAAGGAUUUUCUGGAAUCCUCAAGCUAACUUAUUCGGGCACGUAGGAAGCACCACCGCCAGCAGAGGCGAACUCUUCUUGUUCUGGAACCUGUAUAAGGCACCGGUAUUGCUGGCUUUGGUAGCUGGUGAGGCUGCGGCUAUAAUGGAGAACGUUACCGAUGACGUUAUUGUUGGAAGGUGCAUUGCAGUUUUGCGCGGUAUUUUCGGCCAGUCAGGUGUCCCCCAACCGAAAGAAACAGUGGUGACGCGUUGGAGAGCAGAUCCCUGGUCUCGGGGCUCGUACAGUUUUGUGGCCGUUGGUAGUUCCGGCAGCGAUUACGACCUUCUAGCUUCUCCAGUCAUACCACCGAACCCACAAGGAGUUUCAGUGACCUCUGGACCGGCCAGAGUAUUUUUUGCUGGAGAACACACGAUAAGAAACUACCCAGCCACAGUUCACGGGGCUUUUCUAAGCGGACUUCGUGAAGCUAGUCGCAUCGCCGAUCAAAUCAUCGGCAAUCCUUGCCAACCUCAGCCAGCUGAAUAAUAAAAGAUGUUUUGGGUUUUAAUUUAUGACUGCCUUACUGUUUAUAAUUGAAUUGUAUCGCUAAG